GAACCCGAUCCCUCCCUCCCGUCGGGCGGCCAGGGGCGGGCCGCGGGUGGGGCGGCCGGGCCUGCGCUGGGGACGGCUCUGGGGACUGCGGCCGGCGCCGGGACCUGGAGGGGACGCUGGGGCCGAAGCAGCAUGUGACACCGACCAGGAUUCAGCCCUGAUGGAGGCUGAGGAGGCCCAGCAUGGAGCCUCUCCUCCCAUCUCUGCCAUAGAGGAAUUCAGCAUUAUCCCUGAGACUCCCAUGAGGAGCAGCCAGGUCUCUGCCUUGGGGCUUGAAGCUCAAGAAGAUGAGGACCCAUCCUAUAAGUGGAGAGAGGAACACAGACUCUCAGCAACUCAGCAGAGUGAGUUAAGGGAUGUGUGUGACUAUGCGAUUGAGACGAUGCCCUCUUUUCCCAAGGAAGGUUCUGCAGAUGUGGAGCCCAAUCAGGAAAGCCUUGUGGCUGAGGCCUGUGACACUCCGGAACACUGGGAGGCAAUACCCCAGAGCCUAGCAGGCCGACAAGCAAGGACUCUAGCUCCCCCAGAGCUCUGGGCCUGCCCCAUUCAGAGUGAGCAUCUAGACAUGGCCCCAUUUUCCAGUGACCUGGGAAGCGAAGAAGAGGAGGUGGAAUUUUGGCCAGGACUUACUUCUUUGACAUUGGGAUCUGGACAGGCAGAAGAAGAAGAGGAAACCUCUUCAGAUAACUCUGGUCAGACCAGAUAUUAUUCUCCCUGCGAAGAGCAUCCUGCAGAGACCAACCAGAAUGAAGGCUCUGAAAGUGGGACUAUCAGGCAGGGGGAAGAGCUGCCAUCUGAGGAGCUGCAGGAAAGUCAAGGGCUCUUGCAUCCCCAGGAGGUCCAAGUUCUGGAGGAGCAGGGACAGCAGGAAGCAGGAUUUCGGGGGGAAGGAACUCUGAGGGAGGAUGUUUGUGCCGAUGGGCUAUUAGGGGAGGAACAGAUGAUAGAGCAGGUUAAUGAUGAAAAGGGAGAACAGAAGCAAAAACAGGAACAGGUACAAGAUGUGAUGCUUGGGAGACAAGGAGAAAGAAUGGGGCUCACUGGGAAACCAGAGGGUCUGAAUGACGGUGAGUGGGAGCAGGAGGAUAUGGAGAGGAAGGCUCAGGGUCAGGGAGGUCCAGAACAGGGAGAAGAGAGGAAGAGGGAGCUGCAGGUGCCAGAAGAGAAUAGGGCGGACUCUCAGGACGAAAAGAGUCAAACCUUUUUGGGAAAAUCAGAGGAAGUAACUGGAAAGCAAGAAGAUCAUGGUAUAAAGGAGAAAGGGGUGCCAGUCAGCGGGCAGGAGGCAAAAGAGCCAGAGAGUUGGGAUGGGGGCAGGCUGGGGGCAGUGGGAAGAGCGAGGAGCAGGGAAGAGGAGAAUGAGCAUCAUGGGCCUUCAAUGCCCGCUCUGAUCGCCCCUGAGGACUCUCCUCACUGUGACCUGUUUCCAGGUGCCUCAUAUCUCGUGACUCAGAUUCCCGGGACUCAGACAGAGUCCAGGGCUGAGGAACUGUCCCCCGCAGCUCUGUCUCCCUUGCUAGAGCCCAUCAGAUGCUCUCACCAGCCCAUUUCUCUACUGGGCUCCUUUUUGACUGAGGAGUCACCUGACAAGGAAAUAGAUCAAAACAGCCAGCAAGAGGGAUCCAGGCUGAGGAAGGGAACAGUGUCCAGCCAAGGGACUGAGGUGGUCUUUGCCAGUGCAUCUGUGACUCCUCCAAGGACACCAGAUUCAGCUCCUCCCAGUCCUGCUGAAGCCUACCCCAUCACACCUGCCUCGGUAUCUGCCAGGCCCCCAGUUGCCUUUCCCGGGAGGGAAACCUCUUGUGCUGCACGUGCUCCAGAAACUGCCAGUGCCCCUCUCUCAAUGGAUGACCCAUCUCCCUGUGGGACUUCUGAGAUGUGCCCGGCUGUCCUCUAUGGCUUCCCCUCCACCGGGACCAGCCCUCCGAGGCCCCCAGCCAACUCCACAGGCACCGUCCAGCACUUACGGAGUGACUCCUUCCCUGGUUCUCACAGGACAGAGCAGACUCCAGACCUGGUGGGAAUGUUGCUUUCCUACUCCCACUCAGAGCUGCCCCAGAGGCCCCCCAAACCUGCCAUCUACAGCUCUGUGACCCCAAGAAGGGACAGAAGGAGUGGUAGGGACUACAGCACCGUUUCAGCAUCCCCUACUGCCUUAUCCACGCUGAAGCAGGACUCUCAAGAAUCCAUCUCAAAUCUAGAGAGACCCAGCAGUCCUCCCAGCAUCCAGCCCUGGGUCUCCCCACAUAAUCCAGCCUUUGCCACAGAGUCUCCCGCCUACGGUUCUUCCCCAUCCUUUGUCUCCAUGGAGGAUGUGAGGAUCCACGAACCUCUGCCCCCUCCUCCCCCAGAGAGGAGGGACACCCAUCCCUCCGUGGUGGAGACAGAUGGCCAUGCUCGUGUAGUGGUUCCCACGCUGAAGCAGCAUAGCCACCGUCCUCCAUUGGCCCUAGGUUCAGGGCUGCAUGCCCCCCAUAAAGGCCCACUUCCCCAAGCCUCUGACCCUGCUGUGGCCAGGCAGCACCGACCUCUGCCAUCUACCCUAGACAGCUCCCACCAUGCUCAGGCCACCCCCAGGUGGAGAUACAACAAGCCACUACCCCCUACCCCUGAUUUGCCGCAGCCCCACCUUCCUUCCAUUUCUGCUCCUGGUAGCUCAAGGAUCUACAGGCCUCUACCCCCACUACCCAUCAUAGACCCUCCCACCGAACCACCCCCAUUGCCCCCAAAGUCCAGGGGGAGGAGCAGGAGCACUCGGGGAGGACAUAUGAACUCAGGGGGUCAUGCCAAAACAAGACCUGCUUGUCAAGACUGGACAGUCCCCCUCCCUGCCUCUGCUGGACGCACCUCCUGGCCCCCAGCCACAGCUAGAUCAACAGAGUCUUUCACUUCCACCAGCAGGAGUAAGAGCGAAGUGUCCCCUGGCAUGGCUUUCAGCAACAUGACAAACUUCCUAUGCCCCUCUUCCCCUACCACUCCCUGGACUCCGGAGCUCCAGGGACCCACCUCUAAGGAUGAAGCAGGGGUCUCAGAACACCCUGAGGCCCCUGCGAGAGAACCUUUGAGAAGGACAACCCCUCAGCAAGGAGCCAGUGGCCCAGGGAGGUCACCUGUGGGCCAAGCAAGGCAGCCAGAAAAACCCAGCCAUCUGCACCUGGAGAAGGCGUCCAGCUGGCCCCACAGGCGGGACUCAGGGAGGCCACCAGGGGACAGCAGUGGACAGGCUGUGGCUCCUAGUGAGGGGGCCAACAAGCACAAGGGCUGGAGCCGGCAGGGCCUGCGCAGACCUUCCAUCUUGCCUGAGGGCUCUUCAGAUUCAAGAGGUCCAGCCGUGGAGAAACAUCCGGGACCCUCAGACACUGUUGUUUUUCGGGAGAAAAAACCAAAGGAGGUGAUGGGAGGCUUUUCAAGACGCUGCUCCAAACUCAUCAACUCCUCCCAGCUGCUUUACCAGGAGUAUAGUGAUGUUGUCCUGAAUAAGGAGAUCCAGAGCCAGCAGCGGCUGGAGAGCCUGUCCGAGACACCCGGGCCUAGCUCUCCGCGGCAGCCUCGGAAGGCCCUGGUCUCCUCCGAGUCGUACCUGCAGCGGCUCUCCAUGGCCUCCAGUGGCUCCCUCUGGCAGGAAAUCCCCGUGGUGCGCAACAGCACCGUGCUGCUCUCCAUGACCCACGAAGACCAAAAGCUGCAAGAGGUCAAAUUUGAGCUGAUUGUGUCAGAGGCCUCCUACCUGCGCAGUCUAAACAUAGCUGUGGAUCAUUUCCAACUUUCAACUUCACUCCGGGCCACACUUUCCAACCAGGAGCACCAAUGGCUCUUCUCUCGUUUACAGGAUGUGCGAGACGUCAGCGCCAUGUUCCUUUCAGACCUGGAAGAGAACUUUGAGAACAAUAUCUUCUCCUUCCAAGUAUGUGACGUAGUCCUGAACCACGCCCCAGACUUCCGCCGGGUCUACCUGCCUUAUGUCACCAACCAGACCUAUCAGGAACGCACCUUCCAGAGCCUGAUGAAUAGCAACAGCAAUUUCCGGGAGGUCUUGGAGAAGCUGGAGAGCGACCCCAUCUGCCAGCGCCUUUCCCUCAAGUCCUUUCUGAUUCUGCCCUUCCAACGCAUCACCCGCCUCAAACUGCUGCUCCAGAACAUUCUGAAGAGAACACAGCCUGGCUCCUCGGAGGAGGCAGAGGCCACGAAGGCACACCACGCCCUGGAGCAGCUGAUCCGGGACUGCAAUAACAAUGUCCAGAGUAUGCGACGGACAGAGGAGCUAAUCUACCUGAGCCAGAAGAUUGAGUUUGAGUGCAAAAUAUUCCCGCUCAUUUCUCAGUCACGCUGGCUGGUGAAAAGUGGGGAGCUGACAGCCUUGGAGUUCAGUGCUUCCCCAGGGCUACGAAGGAAGCUGAACACGCGUCCAGUCCACCUGCACCUCUUCAAUGACUGUCUGCUGCUGUCUCGGCCCCGAGAGGGUAGCCGAUUCCUGGUAUUUGACCAUGCUCCCUUCUCCUCCAUUCGGGGGGAAAAGUGUGAAAUGAAGCUACACGGACCUCACAAAAACCUGUUUCGACUCUUUCUGCGGCAGAACACUCAGGGCGCCCAGGCCGAGUUCCUCUUCCGCACGGAGACUCAAAGUGAAAAGCUUCGGUGGAUCUCAGCCUUGGCCAUGCCAAGAGAGGAGUUGGACCUUCUGGAGUGUUACAACUCCCCCCAGGUACAGUGCCUUCGAGCCUAUAAGCCCCGAGAGAACGACGAGUUGGCACUGGAGAAAGCCGACGUGGUGAUGGUGACUCAGCAGAGCAGUGACGGCUGGCUGGAGGGCGUGAGGCUCUCAGACGGGGAGCGAGGCUGGUUUCCUGUGCAGCAGGUGGAGUUCAUUUCCAACCCAGAGGUCCGUGCACAGAACCUGAAGGAAGCUCAUCGAGUCAAGACUGCCAAACUACAGCUGGUAGAACAGCAAGCCUAAGUCUUCUCUGAGAGGAGUUUCGUGAGCUGAAGAACAAGCUGCUCAUGGCAAGGGCUGGCCCCAGAACCCUGCAAGAGAGGCCUUCUGUGGAUGGAGAACUAGGCCUUCUCAAAGCUCAAGGACAAAAGCCAGCUAACCCAGUCCCUCGGCCCAGGCCUCCUUUCGUGCUUUGUGCUUGGUGGGGGGGAUUUCGAGGGACUUUGCACUGGACUCUGGGAACCUUUCAUCAUUAAAAAAAAGGGGACCAUUGGGGCCUGAGCCAAGGAACUUUCCUUCUACUGCCUUAUAGUGCUUAAACAUUCUCCGCCUCCAGGGUGCAGAUUCAGAGCUGGCCAGAGUUUCAGUGAUAGCCGUAUGUUAAACAGAAUCUCACCUCAGUCUCCUGGAGGGAGAUGUUUAAGAGGGGUUAACACAUCAGAUGGGAGGGUCAGCCCGGUGACCUCCAAGGUAUCUUCCAACCUAGAAAUUCGCCAUAAUUAUGGUGCAAGGUCAGUGUGUCUCUGAGAUCUAUGUCUGUUGGUGGCAAUGUGAGGGUGAUACUCUCUCACUCUAAUAAACUUGGCACUUCUCCGAGUA